UGAACGAAGAGUGCCUGCCACGUACAAAAUAAUAACAGAAUCACAUUAUAUAAUGUCUUCUAUAACGAUUACCUUACUGGCGUUAAUAGCUGCAGCGUCGUGCGGCCGUCUUGAACCGCAAUAUCUACCACCGAGGCCUGGUGGCGGAGGUGGUAACGCAGGAUUGGGAGGACUGGGAGGAACUGGAGGAGGAGCAGGCAACGGAGGACUUGGCGGAGGAUCUUUUGGCGGCGGAAGCGGGUUUGGUGGUGGAAACGGCUUCGGUAGUGGCUCAGCCGGUGCCAAUGUCCCUAUCCUUCGUUACGAAAAUGAAAAUAAUGGCGACGGCACAUACAGAUUCAGCUACGAAACAGGCAACGGCAUUUCAGCGCAAGAAAGUGGGGCCCCACGUGCACCAGGACCCGAAGGUCCUGCUGUAACUGCUGAGGGUGCUUUCUCUUACCGUACUCCCGAUGGUCAACAAAUCUCCCUUACUUACACCGCCGAUGAGAACGGCUUCCAUCCCGUUGGUUCCCAUCUGCCCACACCCCCUCCCAUCCCCGAAGCUAUCCUCCAAUCUAUCGAGUUCAACAGACGCAACCCAUCAUCUGAGGGAUCUUACAACGGUGGUUCAGGAAGCGGCAACUUCGGAGGAUCUGGCAGUGGUAGUGGAUUCGGAGGUGGUUCCGGAAAUGGAUUUGGUGGUUCCGGUUCUGGUUCAGGAGGAUCUAAUGGCUAUCAUUAUUGAUCUCAUACAAACUUAAUUUAACUAAGAAAAGCUAUUGAAUCGUAGUGGAAAACAUUUUAUCAUUGAAUUUAGUUAUAGUAUCCGGCGUAUGCUCCUAUACAACCGUAUAUACUUCAAAAUGUUCUAACAUUUCAUGAAACUUUUAACUCUUAGAUAAUUUCUGCUUAUUUUAAAAUUAACUAUAACCAGUGUAUAUUUUCCAUUUCAUUUCAUUUUUUUUAAUGUUGGAAAUGUAUCUUGUUAGUAGGUUCUUGAGCCUAACAUCAUUUUUCAUUAAUUAACCAUGAAUAGGAUUUUCGUUUGCAUUAAUUUUUUCGUUUUCUCACGAUUCGGUAACAUUUUCUUAGUAAAAUAGUUGACCUGUAAAAGUAAUUGAGGCUUUAUUGUAUUGUCUUGCGAUGUCAUUUGCUUAAUUUUAGCUGUAAUUAGAUAAUGGCUACUUCUAAGGUUCAUUUUCAUCUCAUCUUUUAUACUUUUAUCGAUAUAAGAAUAAAAUAAAGGACGUCAAUAUGACCCCAAGAGUUCUAGGACUGUGAUACCACAAAACAGGCGAGCACUCAGUAGUUUAUUUAAGGCUUAAAAUGUACUAUACCUAUGUAAAAAGGCAUGUGAAUAAAUAUGAAUGAUA